AUGGCCCCCAUCCUCAAGAAAUACGCUGCGAUCCUCUUCGACCUCGACGGAACACUCAUCGACAGCACGAACGCCGUAAUCGCCCACUGGACACGCUUCGGAAACGAACACUCCAUCGACCCCGCCCUCAUCCUUGCAACCUCCCACGGCCGCCGCACAAUCGACAUUGUCCGCCAAUAUAAGCCCGAGCUGGCCAAUGAGGAGCACAUCCGCGCCCUCGAGGCCGAAAUCCCGAAAAACAAUGCCGCGGACGCAAAGGAGCUGCCUGGUGCUAGAAACCUUAUUUCACGCCUCGAGGCAACGGGGUGCAAAUGGGCGAUUGUGACGAGUGGAACAGUCGCGUUGGCGGAGCCGUGGGUGAAGAUCAUGGCCUUCCCAAGGCCAAAAGUGUUUGUGACGGCCGACAGCGUUGGUAAAGGGAAGCCUGAUCCGGAAGGAUACCUCCUCGCCCGCACGCUCCUCGACAUCCCCGAAGACGCCGCCGUGCUGGUCGUCGAAGACGCGCCCGCCGGGAUCCGCGCCGGGCGGGCGGCUGGCUGCGACGUCGUUGGGCUGCUGACAUCGCAUACCCGCGCCGAGGUUGAGGACGCGAAGCCGGAUUUUGUUGUGGGUGAUUUGGAGAGUGUGGAGUUUAUGAGUAGGGACGAGGAUGGGGGUAUCCUGGUGCUUGUGGGGGAUCCGAAGGAGUUGGCGAAUUAG